UACUAACUUUCUUGAUUCAAUUGAAUAGUUGAUUGAAGAUAUUUAAUAUUAUGGUAACAAUUUUCACAUGUCACUCAUCGACUCAUGUCAGUUACCCAAAUAUCAACAGUAGUAAAUAUAGCGCGAAAAUAAUAAAAAUACAGUAUUUAUGAAAAUAAUCGUAACGUUUUAAGUUCAUUAAAAUAUAUAAUCCUACGAAAUGACGACUAGAACAAAGAAAAAGUCGGGAGCAAAUGUUACUCCACCCUCUCCACUAAAAAAACGAGUUGAAAACUCGUGGAUACUUCUAGCGAAAGAUUCAUUAUUAGAGAAUAGUAGUUUUAGUAUAAUAAGUUUACCACACCCUGUGCAUGGGAAACCGGCAAAGUAUUGCCUUGAUGACGAGCACAAUAAAAUUUACGAAAUAAUAACAUUUGACGAGCCGCACCGGUCAUGGUUUAUCGGGGAAACUGUUAAAUCCGACGGCAGUAUACAAAUGGUCACGCCUGUUAAUCCACUAUUUUUAGUUUUACCAAGAUUAAAGGAACAGUGCAGCAGCAGAGCCAUACCCUUAGAAGACUUGCUUUCGGAAAAAGGAUAUGACAAGAUUCUUGAUUUUAUACCAAGUUUCGAUUCAGUUGCAGACUUAAAGGGACCAGCAGAUAUGAAAGCAUAUAAAUACAAUGAAGAGAAAACCAUGACUUGGCUGGAGGAUAGAGUGCGCCGGCUAUCCAAAGUGUUACGGCAGAAGAAUAUUCAUGUCACAUCUGGAGCUACUUCUGCCACAUUUGUAACCAGCAAUAUCAGUAACGAUAAUAUUGAUGAAGAAUUCUUCUUAAAAUAUGCUUGUGGCAUGGUAUCUGAAUAUCUGCAGGAAGACAUGGCUGAAACACUAGAAAAGCGAUUUAAUUUUAAGCCAGAUUUAAUUGAAACCAUUGGAAAUAAACGUAAGUCUGAAGUUGAAAACAAAGAGCCAAGUAAACGAAUAAAAUCAGAGGCAACUGAUUUGGAUUCCAAGGAAAAUGGAUUUGUGCCCAAUAGUAGUUUCAAUGAAGUUAAGAAGGAAAAAGCAUUGACAGCAAAGGAAAAAGCAAGACAAAAGGCAGCUAGUGGAACCAAAACAAUAUCAGCAUUUUUUAAGAAAAAAUAGUUGUCUGCGGCAACCACAUUAUGUAGUGUGUUUCAUCCUUGUUUCAUCCGUACUAGAGCAGAGGUUUCAUCAAAUAGCUCUUAUGGCGUUAUGUUGGCAGCAACGUUAUUCAGUGUUGCCGACUACAUUUAAGAAUCUGCUCCCUAGAAUUGGGGUGAUUUUAAGUUUUAAGUAAAACGUCAGGGGAAAUAUUUUAUGAUUUUCUUUUUAUAAUUUCAAAUAAAUUAACCUCAUAAGUUUUCAUUAAAAUGCAGGCUGGAGGGUAAUAAGUGGCGAAAAUAAUUUAAAAGUUAAUAUGAAAUGAAAUAUAACAAAAAACAUUACAUUGAAAGCCUGAUUAGCUUUUAGAGUAAUUAUGUCCUCCAUUGUAUUUAUCCUUGUCAUCAGAAGUAUCGGUAUCUCACGUCUCUCCCACUUCAAUAAUGAAUCGAUCGAUUUCAGCGUCAAUAGCAGAGCCAUCGGCCCAAUACUUUUCUUCAAUCUUUUCUACGUGCUCACAUUCCUUUAUCCAUUCUUCUUUAUUAAUUGAAGCAAAAGCUUCCUCGGUAAUUUCAACAAUUCUGUUGGUUGCUUGACCCACAUUUUUCUCAGCAAUCUUCUUUUUAAAAGACUCUGUAUGAGCUCUAUAGGGUUUAAGUCACAGUGUUAAGGUGGAAGCCUUACCACUUUAUGCCCAUGCUCUUCCAGCAUCAUAUCUGCUUCAUAAAUGGGUGGCUUAUGUGCUUUAAUAAUUAGGUAAUACUGAGCUUUUACCAUGGUUGGCAAAUAUGAUAAAUAUGAAUCCUUUCCUCGUAGUUCAACUUUUUGCGACAGACAAGCGUGCCAACAUUACGGCAUAGGAACUAUUUGAUGAAACCUUUGGAUGAAACGCACUAUAAAUAAAUAUUUGACUGCAGGAAUGUAUUUUUUAAUAUUGUUUUUAUUCAAUACACAACACAACAAUUUC